UAAAUAUUAAAAGGAAUAUGAAAAUUAAUUUCCGCCGUUAUUUAUUUAUUGUGUCCAUUGCUUUGAUUGUGUCGUCAUUAUAUAUAAUAGAUGAGAUUUUCUUUUUUAUGCCAUAUUCAAAUGGAGGUAUUAAAUAUUUUGAUAAUUUUAACAAAACAUGGCCAUUUAUUCAAUAUAAAAUUGAAAAGAUAACACUUUUGUCAAGUUUACCUGUAGAUAUAUCUCAAAUACUCCCGUAUUUAAUAAUACUUGUGUGUGCAUACAAAAUGAUUAGAUUCAUCAAUUUAAACUCCAAUUUUGAUGGAAAUGUAAAAAAGUUGAAUAAACUUUUAACAAAAGUUUUGAUGUUAAUGGUUGUCGUACCAUUUGUUAACCAAGCUGGAGUCAUAUUUAUUUUAAGUUUUUCAAAAAUAAACAACAACACAACAAAUAUUAUUCGAAUAUUAUUUGGCAUUUCUUUUCAUCUAAUACCUGUAUUUAACCCAAUUAUUUGUAUUUUAACAAACACACCAUAUCGAAAUGCUGUUCUUGAUCUUUUAAGAAAAAUUUAUAAUAAUUGA